AUGUUCUCCAGAACUGCUGUUGUCCUCUCUUUCUUGGCAGUCGCCACCUCGGGAUUCAGUGUCCGCCUAUCGGCCAAGAACACUGUCCAAGAUGCUCAUGACCAGCUCACGAAGAAAAUUCGUUGCUGGGAGCCAAUUGAGGAGAACAUUGCUGGAAACAACUUCUCUGGAAAGCACACACUCAGUGAACCUGUCUACGAUCUGUGCUCCUACAUGCCGGAUCCAAUGGACUUCGAGAAAUUUCACGUCAACGGCGUAGAUUUGGACUCCGACGAUUACGCCAACGUCAUCAAUCUUUUCCAAAUCACGAACCCCAGACUGGCCAUGAUCAAUGUUUGCCCUCAAGAAAGGGAGGGCUGCAACUUGCCGAAGAAGUUCACCACGUGCUUGCAAUUCAACAAGUUCCCAAUGCCGGAAUUAUCUUUCUGA